GGAGGAGGAGGAGGAGGAGGAGGAGGCGCCUGCAGGAGAGGAGGCAGCGGGGGCUGCCGGCACCGGCGGGGCAGGGAUCCCGGCGGACUCGACACCGCGGCGGCGUCGCUUGGCCGGGCACGGGCGGCGCGGGAGCCGGCGCGGAGCGGAGCCGGCGCGGGAGCCGGGGCCGGAGCGGGAGCGGAGCCGGGGCGCGGCCAUGGGCUCGCGGCUGAGCCGGCCGAGCAGCCUGGAGGAGGAGGGCGUCGCCGAGGAGCCCUGUGCCCGGCCGGGCGCCAGGCUGCCGGGCGGCCGCGGCGACUUCCAGCUCUCCUCGCUGCUGCUGCACCCGCAGAAGCUGCCCGGGGCGCUGCGGAAGAGCUCGCCGGCGCCCUACGUGCGGCGGGUGGGGUGGCUGCGGGAGAUCCAGGCCACGCUGCGCGAGCACAAGCGGGACCACGCCGUGCACAUCCUCCGCCUGCUCAGGAAGGACCUGGGACUGGAAGGAACAUUCCUCAAUGAAGUGCUCUACAAAAAUGCAACCUUCCUUAACUUGGUGGAUCCCAUCUCCCACGACUUGCUGAUGAGCCUGGCUAGAGACCUGCAGUGUCCCAAAAAGGAAUACGACCCCUGGAAGUCCUCGGACAGGAUCUGCCGGCAGCUCAUCUACCACCUCACGCCCCACUCCAAGUGGCACAGGCACGGCCUGCCCCGCAGGAAGUCCCAAGCGUGCCUGAAGACCAGCCUGCAGAAGAAAGUGAGCCAAGACUCCAUGGAUUUGUCGGGGAUCCCCCUGACCAUGCGGGAUGUCCACCGCAUGGCUUACUACCUGCAGAACAACGGAGACCACCUCACCUCCAUGGACCUGAGCUUCACCGAGCUCAACGAUGACAUGGUGCGCCUGCUGCUGCCCUUCCUCUGGGCACUGCCCAAGCUCACCCACCUUUCCCUCAACGGCAACCGACUGACGCGGGCGACCAUGAAGGAGCUGACUGACGUCAUGAAGGACAUGAACAAGUUCCCUUGCCUGGCCUGGGUUGACCUCGGUAACAACGUGGACGUCUCCUCCAUGCCGCAGCCCUUGCUCGUGGGCCUGCGCAAGCGCCUCAGCCAGCAGACCACGCUGCCCACCAUCUACGAGGCGCUCGACUGCGACCCGGAGCUCUCCGCCGGGCACGAGGACACCCAGCCAGAGGACGAGGGCAGGGAGAGCACCCCGCCACGGGCUUUCCCCCAGCAGGGCUGUGAGAGGUGACUGGGCAACAGGCCGGCGCCGGCACGCUGAAGCCGCACGGAGGAGAAAUCUGGAGUGCAAACUCCAAGCAGAGGGCCAGCUUCACCGGCUUCCUUUGGCGCUUCUCUCGCCUUCCCUGGCAUCUCCCCCCAACUUGCUGUGAGACGAAAGCCUGUCGUCCCCUCACUGCUCCGCUCCCUCCCUUUGCUGCCAAACCCAUCGCCCACGUUGCAGAGAGGAACCAGUGACUUACGGCGAACCUGGUCCCCAGGCAGGGUCUCACUGGAAGAUGGGGAAAGACCUGACGGAGUCAAGAAUAUCCUCCAGCAGCCAUUGGGUUGAGGGAAAGGGAUGGGGGAGAAACCUAAACAGAAACAGGCUUGUAGAUUACUUCAUUUCUUCCUUUUCCUAUGCACCUGGGACACUUUGGGACCUGCAGCCGUGAGUGUGAAGGGAGGUACCCCAAGAGCCUCGCUGCUGUGGCGCUUAGUUAAAGGGCUCAGAGGCUGGAGCCGGAGCCCGGCAGUGUGUCUCCCUCUUGUGUCUGGCUCCUUUUGUUUUGUUUUCUCCUAUUGUGUGUUUUGUAUUAACGUCUGAACAAAGGGACCUGGUCAGAGACCAUUGGAUUGCAUAGGCUGGGGCGGACACAUGGCUUGGAACUGCAGUAUCAGGAAAUUUGCUGUGUGACCGGGGUGGGAGGGAGGGGAAGGAGGUAUGUGUUGGUGGGAGCAUGGGGGAUGGGAGGAGAGGGGAGGGAACAGUCUUGUGGCUUAACGGGAUUGGUUUCAAAAACUGUGCUUUUAUACUAAAAAGCCAAGCUCCAAGUGAAAUUGAGGACAAGCUGGCAGCCAAGUCCAUAACUGUGGAACUAGAGGAGCAAGCAGAGAACGUGCCAGUGGUGGGCACUUCCCAAACUAAAGCGCGAAGCUUUGGACCAGCUCCUCACUGGCCUGUUGCAUACCUCGUAAUACAGACAUGAUGUGAGCAGUUGCAUCACCAUUUCCAGUGUUGUCCAGAGACCAAACCAGUGAUGCAAUAUUUCGAGUGUUUUCCACAUCGUCCAUGCUGUAUGUAAACAAAAUAAACAGUUCCCUUGGAGAUGAUCAUGAA